AUGGCUAAAAUGAUUACACAAAGAAUGAAGCCCCUGAUGGAGAGUAUUAUUUCUGACACACUGAGUGCUUUUAUACCCAAUCGGCUUAUUACUGAUAAUAUUUUGGUAGCAGCUGAGGUGGGACAUUUUUUGAACAGGAAACAUUGUGGUGUUGUUGGGUGGGGGGCUCUUAAAUUGGAUAUGGCAAAGGCAUAUGAUCUUUCCUACAUGUUUAUGAUAAACGGUUCCCCUACUGAGUCGAUUGUGCCCACUCGUGGUCUUAGGCAAGGGGAUCUUUUGUCCCCAUAUCUUUUUAUUAUCUGCGCAGAAGGCCUUUCCCUAUUAUUACAGCAGGCACAGACCAGUGGUUUGAUUCAUGGUUGCAGGGUAGCACGAGGUGCAACCCCGAUCUCUCAUUUGUUCUUUGCUGAUGAUAGUCUACUAUUUUUCAAGGCAAAUAUUCAUGAGGCCACUGAAAUAAAGAACUGUUUGUCAAUAUAUGAGAGCUUGUCUGGGCAGAUGGUUAACUAUCAGAAAUCUAGUAUUUGCUACAGCAAGAAUGCUGGUGAGAAUGACAAGGAUAUGGUAGCACAGGCUUUGGGAGUGGUUCAGGCCCUGAACUUUGGAAAGUAUCUGGGGUUACCAGCUUUUGUGGGAAGAAAUAAGAAAGCGGUCUUUGCCUAUAUUGAGGAUAAAAUCAGACAGAGAAUAGGGUCAUGGAAUAAGAAACUCCUAACGCAGGCUGGGAAGGAAAUAUUAUUGAAAACUAUUGAACGAACAAUGAACCGAUACUGGUGGGGAUCUGGGACUGACCGUGGUAUUCACUGGAAUGCUUGGGAUAAGUUAUGUAUCCCCAAGAAAUAUGAUGUCUGGGCUUUAAGGAUUUAA